AUGGUUACCUCCAGUAUCAUUUCCCUCAAAGAACAAAACCCUUACUCCGCUAAUACUCAUUAUGAAUUUGAUGCAAGGACUAAAGACCGUUUUAAAGACCUCUUAGAAGCUUGUCGGUCUGGAGAUCUUGAAAAAGUUCAAAGCUUAGUUCGGAAUUUUUCGGUGCCCAUCAACGCUUCUGAUGAAUGGCAAUGUUCGCCUCUUUACUGCGCAUGUUUAUGUGGCCGCUAUGAAGUUGUUUCUUUUCUGCUCGAAAAUGGAGCAAGAUGUGAGCGUGAAACUUUUGAAGGUGAAAGAUGUCUAUACGGGGCGCUCACACCUCGAAUUCGAGAAUUAUUGUUAACUUACAAAUUCACUAAAGCGGUUGAUGAAAGCCAAUCUUAUCGCAACGUGCUGACACAUUUUUACGAGAAUCCGUUGGAUCAUUUCAGCGAUAUCGCUUUGAAAGUGAGAUCGAGCUCAUUUUCAAUGAUGACCGCCAAUAGUAUUAAUUAUGAAAGAUUACAUUCGGAAAAUAUUGUAGAAUUUUAUGCGCAUAGAUUUAUUCUUUGCGCAAGAUGUCCUUACUUUACUGAAAUACUAGAAAAUACACAUUAUGAUAAUAAUAAUCAUCAAUUUUCAUCAGAUGAUCGGCAUCAUCGAGUCUCAUUUGAGAUCUUAAAAGCAGUUGAUCCAACAUGUUUUAAAGCCAUCCUUCGAUACAUAUACACAAGCGAAGUAGUACAGAUUCCAGAGGGUUUGUUCAUAAAAAUGGUUGAUUUAUGUAAGCUCUUUGAACUUGGAAAUUUACUUGAAAAAUAUACAAUCCAAAGUGCAGUUUCCAAGCUUCCUACUAGACAACCUGACAAAGAAUUGCAACAAGAUAUUGGUGCAUUUUUUCGGGAUGCUAUACUUGGUAAUAAACGAAUUCUCUCGUCUGAUUCAAAUAAUUCAAAUGGAUUAUCUGACAAUAGUAAGCACUCAUCCAAGCAUCAAAAGCCUUAUCAUGACAUGUUUCUAAGAGUCGAGAACACUUUAUAUCCAUGUCACAGAGUAAUGUUGAGUGCUCGCUCAGAAUACUUUAAUAUUUUAAUCAAUGGUCCUUUCGCAGAGGGAUUAUCCAAAACUGAAGAAUACGGUUUGCCAGCCAUUAUACUGUCUGAUUGCACCUGUGAGAUUCUGGAAUUAAUAUUAGAAUUUAUUUAUACUGACAAAUGCGAGAAUAUUCCGCCACAUCUUGCAUAUAAACUUCUCAUAAAAGCGGAUAUGUUACUAUUUGACAGGUUGAAAUCUUUGGCGGCAAUUGUGCUCACGAACCAAAAAGAACCAACCGAAGAUAUUUAUAAGCUGAUGAAGAAAGCAAUCGAUUUAGAAAUUGAUCGGCUGGAACAAUACUGUUGCCGUUGGUUCGCGGAACAUCUUAACGACGUUUUGCAUGACGAACGCUUUUUGAAUUUGAUUGAAGAAUCGGCGCAUUCUAUUCAAGAUCGACAGGCGACCGAUUCAAUUCCUUUUGUUGAUGAUCUGCGUUAUUGGCUCGCCAAAAAACACAGCGUGAUGCAAGAGGAUAUUGAUAAAGCUAGUGGGAAAGUCGAGGAAGAAGACGCAACUGAUUGGGAAACUGAGUAUAACCGAAGGUUGGCGCAGAUUGAUGCUGUAUUGGAAAAGUUGAAUUUAGAUGCUUAG